AUGGCUGGAGAUGUAGCUCCACAUGCGACAGACCAGCAUCAACACGUGGAAGCCGCCAUGGAUCUUCCAGUGGUGGUUAAUUCGGACGAGGAUGAGAUAGUCUCCCACGAACUAGAGCAAAUGAGGAGCAUAUUGGAAGAGGUGAUUUUGGAAACGCGCAGCUUGCCUCUCGAAAAUCGACUUCCCCGCAUGGGUAUGCUUAGGGGUCUAAGCAAGCGAAAUCGGGCUGUCGUGAGGGCUCUUAACCUAAUGCUGGUGACCUAUUUGGAAUCCAGUCGAGACUUUUGCGAGACGGACUCAAUUCUUUUUGGCGACGCAGUGGCAGUUUGCCGUAUUAUUGGCGCCAAACUCCCCAUGGCUGGACGCGCUACUAGACAAAGUAGCGCCAUCCCAGCCUGGAGAAAAGGAAUCGAGGACCGCGUCGCAAAGGCAAGGGCCCUUAUCGACAGACUGACAAGCUUCAGGUCAGGUAAUAAUAGACCGAGGAUUAUGCGCACCGUGAGAAUGGCGUUUGCUGGGACAAAUAUCAGUUUGUCUCAGCCGAAUAUCACGCCGAAACUACCGGAGCGCAUGGAUGACCUGAAGCAAAAAAUCGUUGCUUGGGGGAGGCGGAUUCUACGAUUUACCGAGAGGUCAAGGCGGUUCAACCAGAAUCGUCUCUUCCAGAGUGAUCAGAAGAGGCUCUAUAAAUCAUUGCAGCGACCAGAGGUAAGUGGAGCGGGCUCAGGAUCGGACCAGGCUGACAUUAUCGCAUUCUGGCGUGACCUGUGGUCAGAGCCCGUAAACCACAGCGAAGGCCCGUGGAUGGAAGUUGUGGCGAACCAGGGUGCGAGUGUUACGCCUAUGGACCCCAUAGCCAUAACGCCGGAAGACGUGGCUGAGGCAGUCCGUAGGGCCCCGAACUGGAAAAGUCUGAGGUUCUACGGGCUGCAUCAUUACUGGCUGAAGGGGUUCAUAGUGUGUCAUGCUGAGCUCGCCCGACAGUUUCCAGAGGCUCUCGACCAGAAGUCGCUCCCGAACCUCUUCACUACUGGGAUCACUCACUUGGUUCCUAAAGAUCAGGUUAACUUAGUCUAG